ACCAACACUUUAAAGAGUUGUUAGCGAACUCUCUCAAUUUUAUAUUCAUCAUAUGUAACAGUAGCAUAUCAUAGCAUACCUUUUAACCUGUUCUUCUUCUAGUGGGUUGGUGGCUGCCUACUUCCUCUGCUCCAAUUUACAUUCGACGCUUUUACAGAAAAACAAGGAGAGAGAAAGUAUACAAAAAAUGGCGACUUCAAGUUUGGUGAAGCUAAACGCUGCGUCUUCUCAGUGGAUCGGUCAACACUCCUUCUCUCAACGCAGCGUAUCAUCAUCUUCUUCUUCUUCCGUCGCUUUUCCAACUCGUCGAGUCUCCCUUCCAGUUGUCCGCGCUUCCUCCUCCUCUUACGUCGAUGAGCUCGUUAAAACCGCCAAAACUAUUGCCUCUCCUGGACGUGGUAUUCUUGCCAUUGAUGAAUCUAAUGCAACUUGUGGAAAGAGGUUGGCAUCUAUUGGCUUAGAUAACACAGAAGCCAAUCGUCAGGCGUACAGACAGCUUCUUCUUACAACUCCUGGCCUGGGUGAAUAUAUUUCCGGUUCCAUUCUAUUUGAGGAAACACUUUACCAAUCUACAACAGAUGGAAAGAGUUUUGUACAGUGUCUACGUGAUGAAAACAUUGUACCUGGCAUCAAAGUGGACAAGGGUUUGUCUCCAUUGCCUGGGUCAAAUAAUGAAUCUUGGUGCCAAGGAUUAGAUGGUUUGGCUUCAAGAUCUGCUGAAUACUAUAAACAGGGUGCUCGUUUUGCAAAAUGGCGUACAGUUGUUAGUGUUCCAUGUGGACCUUCUGCUUUGGCUGUGAAGGAAGCUGCAUGGGGACUUGCUCGUUAUGCUGCUAUUUCUCAGGAUAAUGGUCUUGUGCCCAUAGUGGAGCCAGAAAUCCUUCUUGAUGGUGACCACCCAAUUGAGAGAACUCUUGAAGUAGCGGAGCGGGUGUGGGCUGAAGUAUUUUACUACUUGGCUCAGAACAAUGUUGUUUUUGAAGGAAUCCUUCUGAAACCCAGCAUGGUUACCCCAGGAGCUGAGCACAAAGAGAAGGCUUCUCCGGAAACCAUUGCGGAACAUACACUUCAAAUGCUUAAGAGGAGAGUACCUCCUGCUGUUCCUGGAAUCAUGUUCUUGUCUGGCGGUCAAUCAGAAGUAGAAGCAACCUUAAACCUCAACGCAAUGAACCAAAGUCCCAACCCAUGGCAUGUCUCUUUCUCGUAUGCACGUGCACUACAGAACAGCGUUCUUAAGACAUGGCAGGGACGUCCAGAAAAUGUAGAAGCUGCCAAGAAAGCUCUUUUGGUGCGUGCAAAGGCAAACUCCCUUGCUCAACUCGGACGUUACUCUGCCGAAGGGGAGAACGAAGAAUCAAAGAAGGGUAUGUUUGUCAAGGGCUACACCUACUAAGACUAGUGGUCGGAGCUAUUUAUAGUCUUGCCAUUGUUUAAAAUGUGUUUGAUAUUCUCCCCACUAGUUAUGAGAUAUGGUGGUGGAGAGAAACUGGACUACUCUUUUCCUUAGAUCGAUAAUUUUGGUCCCCGUUUUUUUUUUUUGUUAUGUGUGGAAGCUGAAUAGUGUUUGAAUAACUGCUAUAAUAUGAGGCUAAAGUUUUCCUCCUCUA